AUGCUGACAGCGUUUAUCCAGUCUUUGGGGAAAAGGAUAGAAUCCUUCUUACCAAAUAGAACAGGGUACAGCAUAGCGGAGGUUGAACUUAAUCCCCAGUUCAUGGUCACUAGAAAUAUCCUUUUGAACUCCAAUACAAACAUAUUUGCAUCUGAUGUGAUGCAGACAUUCUGUGGGAUUUUAGAGACCAUUAACAUAGAGGCUAAUAAUGCUGACCUCAACGAAAGAUCUAUCCAGCUGAUAAGCUCUUCUCUUAUUAUAUUGAAGUUGUUAUUUGACUUUGUAAAUCAUCAUUGGGUACUGAAAAGAGACACGCUGAUGCUGCUGCAACUGCUGAUAGUGCUGCUGUCACUGCAAGAGGGGUCUGGUGGUUCUGGCCAAGAGGGAGCUCCUUCCUUGACUGCACAGAAUUUCGAUUAUUCAAGACCAUUUAAUUUUGCCAUGUACUAUCAUUAUGAACCACCCAAAAAAUUGAACAGUGGAAUAAUACACCCUUGUAUAGAGAUUAUCAUGUCGUUAUUUCUGACGCAAAUGGCUAGAAGGACGUUGGCAUUGGUAAAGAAAAUACCGACAUUGAAUCCUCCCAUGAGUCUGAGUGCACCUGAUGAUCAUGGAGAGAGGGAAUCUAGUAACACUUUGACCACUACAUUUACGUCAUCAUCUGGAGGAGUGAUAUCUCCUACACAAUCACAUGCACAAGACCCAAAUACAUCAUCAGUAGAACAUGAGUCUUACAAUGCACACGAUAGCAUUCGUUCUAACACAAACUCCAAUCCAGCAUUAACAGAAUCCGAAAAGGAAAACAUCCCAAAAAUGAUACUCGAUGUAGACAAUUAUUGUCUGGUUCUAUUGAAAUUCCUUGCAGUUUCAAACCCUAGCGAUUAUUAUGGAUAUAUUGAUUUGAGAUUGUUUUCAUAUGCAAAGAAGGGCCAGAUUGUUCCCCACGGUGAAGUGGUUAAGUAUUCGCCAUUAAUUGAAUUUAUUUUCUAUGAUGCUUUAGUUGGCCAGGGUAUGGCCACAACCAUGACAAAUUUUUUACCUUACGUCAAGUCAAAUACGUGGAGACAAGUGGUGUUAGUAUUCUAUUCUAACAGCAUAAAGGAUCAAUGCUUUUCGAGACCUGAGGAUUACAAUGCCAUAGUUCAAGCCGGACUGGAAUUGGAAGAAUCUUGCAAAGCUAUGUUUGACUACGUCACGACGAUAUUUGAGGGAAACCAACAUUUGGGAGCUUCAUCGAUGGUGCAGGCAUGGCUUGUCAUCACAUGUAUUUCUGAUUUCAUAGAAUUGGCCAACAAACCAAACAAGUUAAAAAUAACCUUUAAUAGGAGAUUGAAGUUUUUAACUCAAAUCUUGAAAGAAUCACGUAAUUUGCAAAACUUGGAAAGUUUUGAUUCGUUGAUUAAUAUUUUCUAUUUGGCUGCUAGAUUUCCUAAGCUGUUUUCAAAUCACCCUGUGGCAAAAUUUUGCGUUGAAUACUUAGACACCACCUAUGAUGCACUCCAGAGACUAAAUGUUACAUUCAAUACGAAAGAAUCAGCAAUACUUUUUGAUAAUUUGGUAAUAAAUUUAAAUGUGGUGGCCGUAAUGAUAAAUCCAGAGAAAUACAUAGCAGUACUAAUUGGGAAAUACUACCAAUCACAAGGAAACAUUAAGGAAAUGAAGAUAUUGGUGAAAGUUGUCAAAGGUUUAUCUGAAUUGAAAAAAUCUCAAGUAGAAUUCGAUAAACUAAUGAUUAAAUUGAAGAACUCAUUGAAGAAUAUGAUUGUCGGGGCAAUUAAAAUAUUACAUCAAAAUCAGCAAAUAUUACAGAACAACGAAGCUACUGGUGCAAGUGCUAAAUCUUUGAGACUGGGGGUUCUGGUAAAUCAAAUACAACAGAAUCUUUUACAGCACCCGCAAUUGGAUAACCAAAGUUUGAAGCUGUUUGAUAGUAGUAGUGGUAGUAGCAAUAGUGGUAGAUUCCAUCCGAACAGAUCUUCACAAGCAUCCAUAAAUUCUAGGAAAAAUAGUACUGAAAAUAUGAUCAGUCCAACUCCUAGCAUAAGACAAUUUAUGGAGCAAACACAGAACCAGCAAGAUCAAAGACACGAGGAAGCAAUUGCUAGUGACCCCAAAACGGUUUCCAGUGCUACUUCAUUAUCCACAUCAGCUUCUUCAUCUCCGCAUUCAUCUUCAAACUCGUCCAGUAAAGCUAGUAAAGUAAUGGAAAGCACUGAAGAAAUAUUAUCUGACUUGUUUUAUAUAUUCAUCUCAGUUCCAGAAACAUAUUAUAUUGACCUUGAUUACUUGAACAAGCAUACGGCUAAUUCGGCGUCAGAUGCAAAUAUUACACUUCAUGAAUUUCAUAGAAUUCAAAAAUUCUCACACGAAAUUACAAACCCUUUGAAGUAUGCCUUCCAGAGCGCAAAUUCUAGAGAAAAUUUGUUGAAUGCGGCAUGUUCUAUGGCAAUGGCCUUAGUUAUGAAUGACUUCAAUGAUUUGGAAAUUGCAUGCUAUCCGAAAGUUGUCCUUUGUAACUUCUUGACCCUGAAUUAUAUUAUUCAUUACAUAGUGGAUGCAUGCUUAGGUUUGUCGUUAACUGAUCCCAAAUUCAAAGCUUGUUUCAUAUUCUUAAACAGGUUUUUAGAAUACAGAGACAAGUUGAUUCAAGGUUAUUCAGUUACUUUGAAUACCAUUUUGACGAACUUAGACGUCAAAUGCAAAUUAGAAGUAGGAACUGUGAGUUGCCAUGCAUUAGAAAAGAUUUUUUUAGUUUCAUUAUGUACUCACGAUAUUCAAUUUUUCAAUAUAGCUAAAAGCUCUAUGCAAUGGUAUGCUGAAGAAAUCAAAACCUUGAACGAGACAUUACACACAAUUAAGAAGGAAAAUGGAGACAUAAUUACUACCUAUAACACUGAUCUCUUUGAUAAAUUCGUGGCUAUCAUGGACGAUGAUUCGGUUUUUACUGGAUUCGUCUCACUACACAAAAGAUUCCGUACAUUGAUCAGAGAUACAAAGGCCACUCAAUCUGUUUUUGAAGUGUGGUUAAUUCUAUUUAAUAGAUGGUUAAAUAUGUUGGAAUCUGGAAGAGGAAAAUCAAAUUCUGACGUUGAGAAUCUUGUUUUGAGACAUUACACUGGAUUUUUGGUAAGCUCUAGUGGUACUUUCAUGGAGGAUUCAUUUUUAGAAGAUGACAUAGUUUCAAAACAAAAGGCUGUUGAGUAUAUCAUCCAGUUUUUUGAGAAAUGCAUUUUACUAUUGACUAGUGAAGACUUGAUUGUCAGGCUGAUGAUAAAAAAUUCGCUCUCAAAUGAGAGACACCCUUCAGUCUAUCAUCUUAUUUGCACUAAAUUAUUAGAAAUUAUUAAAACGUUUCUUGAUUCAAAAACCGAAGAUAAUGAUGAAAGUAUCUUGUUUAUUGAACAGGUCAUCACUGUGAUGACUCUGAUGAUCGCAGCUCAAAAUGAUGGAUCCUUCGUGUUGGUAGCCUUGUUACCAGAAAUCUGCGACCUAAUCAUUAAAUUUGUUAAUAAAGUGGAGAAUUUACUGGCAACCUUACGCUUGAAAAUUAGGUUUUGCAAACUAAGUUCUGCCAUAGAAGCAGAUAAAGAAGGAGUAGGCCUAAGAGGCGCUUUUAGAUUAAGAAAUGCGAUUACUAGGGCAAGUUUAGAGUGGCUACAGCAAUCGGUUUUUCAUGAUGAGGAACAUAAUAGAAAGACAGGAUUAAUAAAUACAACAACAACUACUACCUCAUCCUUAUUGUCGUCCGGAUCCACCACCUCUCAUGCAGAAAACAUGUAUUUAAAUAUCGAUUUGGCUACGGAAUGUUCCAAAGCUCUAGCUUUUCAGUUGGAAGAACUAACGUUGGAGAUCCCCGAUGGGAUUAGAGACAAAGAUGUUACUAAAGCUAGGGAGAUAGUCUUCGCGAAUUACUUUUCGCUAUUGUAUAAAGUAUUGCAGAAGUUUACUUAUGCCGAUUCAACAUCAAUUAAAUCUAAAUAUAAGAUUCAUUUGAUAAUUGAAAAUGUCCUUAAAAGUAUUUCAUGUAUUUUAAAGACAGAUACUGACGUGGGAAUGCCAUUCAUCUUACCAUUGGCAUUUCAUGAGAAUACCAAAAUAAGAUCCAUAUUUUUGAAUGUGUUCGCUAAGAUGUUUUCUAAGAGAAAGUACUAUGAUAUUAAGGAGAAAUUACCAUCAGGAGUCUUUGAGAAGUUUACGAAGUAUUAUGACAUCUGUGGGUCAGCGGCAAAAGUUGCUUCGACCAGUGAACAUAACUUAUUAGCAUCAUCUCUAUUUGCAGUCUUUGGAUAUCUGAACAAAUUAGACAAAUUAUUUCAUACCUUGUUAUACGAUGAAAUUGCUACAGUUUCAAGAUCAACUGAUAUAUUCAGGAGAAACUCAACUUUGACUAGAUUAUUGUCCAAUUUUGCAAAGGACUAUGGUUCAGAAUAUCUUGUUAAGACCUUAGGUGGCUUUGUUGAAGAUUUGAACAAAAAUAAUGUCUACUUUGAGGUUGAGAAGGAACAUGUAGAUCAAAUACAGCAGGAUCUGCAAGAUGAUUCUUUGGAUCCUUUAAGUAAGUCAAAUACAGAUGUGGAUGAGGACGCUGAGUUGUUCAUGAAAUACUUCCAAAAGUUAGUCAGGGCCAUUACAUCAUCUGUCGAUAUUGCUCCUAAUUCGUUCAAGUUCAUCUGUAGGGAAAUAUAUACAUGUGUUGAAGCUAAAAGUGAGGCGGAUGAUGGACUUAUCGCGGUUGGUUCAUACUUGUUUUUAAGAUUUUUGUGUCCAGCAAUCAUUAGCCCAGAAGUAUUUUUGAAUAUACCAUUGACAAAUCCAAAGGUUAAACGGACUCUUAUGCAAUUAGUGAAAAUGAUUCAGAAUAUAGUAAAUGGGUCAUUAGGAGUUAAAUGGCAAAGAUUACAACACAAAUCACAAGAGCUUGAAGAAAUUAAUAAGGAGAUAUUCGAAUUUUUAAAAGAAAUGUCAAAAGAACCAACAGAAGUCACCGAAGAAAAUGAUGAGACAAAUAGUACUGAUAUGGGAUCAAGUACAUGUUCAAAAGUGUCGCCAAAUUACCCAUUUCAACAAAUUUUAGAGCCACCGUAUCCUGAAAUGAGAUACCUCCACAAAUUCUUUUACUAUUACUUUGUUGAAAUAAAGCAUGAGUAUAUAUUUGGUGAAUCUUUAGGAAAGAGCGAGAAAUUACAUAGGCGAAUUUCCAGAUUUAUUCAGAUUGAUGGGCUAUUGUUUAUCUUAGGACAACCGAAAUCACUUUUAGCAUUACAAUCAAACUCUCCUUUAAAGUACUCCUCCAAUGAUGACCCAAACCCUCAUUUUACAGAUUUUAUGGGAAAGCUGUCAUUAAGAUAUGCAGAGAUAAAUAAUAAUUUAUCUAUAAUCAGUACAUCUAUGAAUGAAGAUGGAACACCGCUGAUCGUUCUUAAUUUAGGAUUAUUAAAAACCAAAUUCAAUAACGAUGUCGAAUUACUUGUUUACAAGAUGUUAGAGUAUAGUAUGCAAGUGUGGGAUAACAAAUUUUAUUUCGUGUUUGAUUUCACUGAAGGUUACAUCCAUGAAAAGUUUUGCGAGAAGUUUUUAACACUUCUUCAGUUCUACGCCCCUGAGCAAUUGAUGAAGAAUUGCGCAAGAAUGUAUUACUUUAAUGUUCCAAUGUUUGCUGCAGAGCAUAUGGUUAAAUCAAUGACCUUUUUCAGACAAUCAGGUAGGUCAUCUUCAGAUGCCAAACUUUACGUGUAUUCUUUAAUAGAUGGACCUGAAAUUGUUAAAAAGUUAGGUUUGUCCAGUCAAACUGUGGGAAUUAUGCAAGACACUAGGGUUGCGUUCCACAAUGUGGGAGUUUAUGACUAUGAGGGUGACAAAUUUGUAAACUGUACUCUUAAGAUAGGUAGAAAAUGGGUGCAAAUCCACCUUGAAGAUUCUUUUAGCUACCCUGAAGGUUUAUGUGAAACAGGUAGCUUUCAACCCAUCUUAUUGAGGAAAUUAAGUGAAGUUACUAAGUGUGAAGUUGUUCCAGGUGAUGAUAGUGAUGGGAAUUAUCAAUUUGUCAUUGAAUUUAAUGAUUUUGAAAAGUUUGUUCUUAAUUCGGCAAAAAGAGCGGAAAUUAUCAGAUUUUUGUAUUUCGCAACAUCAAGAUUGCCCGCUGUUGUCUAUACUGAUGAUGUGAAAGAGGUAAGCUCUGGAGAAUCGGUAAGCGGAAAAGCUAUUGGCGAGAAUGAUGCCGUAGUUUCCACUAAUGAUAACGAGGAGGUUGUACCCUUUUUAUGGUUCGCGAGGUUAUAUAAUUCUGUAUUCCAGGCCCUUCUUUGUCCCAAUGAAGAAGUGCGCUCGGCAGGAUCAUUUUUAUAUGCUGCGUUAUCAUCAUAUUUUGAUAUGGAUAUGGGAAUUUCUGUUGAACAUUCCAAGAACAUAGCAUUCCCAGCAAAUACAACAGACUUCAUAGUGUCGACUUCUAGGACUUUAGCAAAUAGGAAACCUGAAUUGUCGUUUAGGUUCUUCAAAGCAUUCUUCGAUUAUUUUGAUAAAUUACCCAAUGUCCAUAGAGCUCUGGCGAUCAUGUAUAUAUCACCAUGGAUUGACAAUGUGUGCGAUUUCAUAUUUUUAUCAAAAUCUGAUAGGAAUGGUGAUAGAGGAACUUCAAGAACCAUUGAUAUUAUAAGGCAAUUUUGCAGAAUUUCAGCAAAUGAUAAAGAUUAUGUCCCGUACAUAAAUGAAUACAUUUGGAAGAAACUAUUCCGAGAGGCAAGGUUAACUUCGGUCUUGAUUGAUGAAGUUGUUGCAUUUGCUAUAGACAACAUCAAUGAAGGCCCGGAUUGGACAUUCAUAAUCCAAGUUAUAACUCCUUCGGUUGAAGUUUGCAAUGAAUUGAUGACACGGUUAAUUGAUACAAUAUCCGAAACGACCAAUGAGGGCUCCCUAGUUGCCGUACAACUGAAUUUAAUUGAGAUAUCUGUUCUAAUUAAGGUCUGUUCAGUCGUCUUCUUUGAUCUGUAUUACUAUGCUCAGAUGUAUAUUGCGGAUGUAUUUUUUGUUUGCACUUUAUUUGUAAAUCAUCCAUCUCUUGAUGGCUCGGUCGGCAUAGAUUUACAAAAAUUAAUCAACAAUAUCGUUCAAUCAUUUUUGCAUAAGCCUAAUUUAACUGAGAGUGAAGCAACUGCUAUAGGAGAUACCUUGACUUAUCUCUCAAGUCAAAGGGCUCAUUUACUAUUUGGCGUUAAAAGGGAUGUACCAAAUAAUUUGAAAUUGGCAGUGAAAGACCCAGCUCAAAUUUACAAUAAAGCGACGUCUUUUGAAGUUUUAUGUGAUCACCUCUCUUUAUUUUUAUCAGAAUUAGGUGAACUGUCGGAUUUGUUGGCAAAGUGGAGAUCAAGAUGGUGUACGAACGCAAUUGAUAUCUCUUUCAAGAGAUCUUGUGUUUUCAAUUCAAGAGCAUUAUUGAUUGUUGGAAUAUUGUCAAAAUCAGGUAUUGGAGAUUCAUUAGCUCUGAGAAUUCUAAAAAUAACGACUAAAGAACUGACCAGCUCUUUGGCUUAUUUAACAAGUCAAAUUGUGAGUACUUCAAGAAUAGUUCAAGGGUUAUCGAAGCGUUCAGUGUUAUCGAAGUACUUCUUUUGGGCUGCACUUACAUUGACUUUGUUAGACAAUAUUGUCAUAUACCAGCCUGCUGCUCAUCUCUUCAUCAACGUAUUAGAUAAGACCCUUGAACAGUACCAUGAAGAAGGUGCUGAUAGUGGAGAAAAGCUCGUCGAAAAAGUUUUCGAAAGUAGACUAUUAUUAGAGCCAUUUGUCAGUGAUUUUGAAAAAACAUACGACAUGAAGUUUAGCCCUGAAAACAUUGAAGUAUAUAUUUUUUUCAGCUUCAUAAGAGGAUUAAAUAUUCCUCAUAUCAAGCAUUCGUCUUUGACAUGCUUGAUGGAUUAUGUAAGGCUAAGAUUAAAAUAUGGGCACAAGGUCACAUCUUCGUGCUUGAGACCAUACCUUGCCUUUAUUUAUUUGAGCAGUACAGAUACACAGUUUAAGAAAUUUAUGGAAGAAAUUGAUUCGAAUAAUGAUCUAGUGCUUGAAACGCAUGAUAGUGUACCACCACAAUUUGUGAUUAAGUACUUUAUCGACGAGACUGAUAAAUCUAAGUUCGUUCUUUUACAAGCAGCAAACUUUUACAACUCAGAAUCAGUAGAUGCCACCUUCAAGACAAACUUUUUGAACCUUUACAAAGAUUUACUAUAUUUGAGAAAGGCUGUGGGUUACUACGUUAAUCAUAUUAUAAAAGAACAGCUUGAGAAGACUUUGAUCUAUAGCAAUUCCAUUGAAACUGUUCAAACGAUUCUGGAUAUAUUGUUGUAUUCAAUUCAAGAUGGUGGAUAUCGCGCAGAUAAAUAUGUAAACGAGAUCCGGAGCAAGUUCGAUUCUGAUAUCUUCAAAGGAACGUUUCAAAAUAAACUAACCAUUAUCAAUGAGGACAAUUUCGAUGAAAAGAGAAUGCUUUCAGAAAUUCGUAACAUUCUGGAAGUAGUCUACAGAGCGUCUUGUUCGUAUGUGGAAGGUCAAAGAUUGGAAGAAUGA